AUGGGUAAACUCGAUGGAAAAAUUGCUCUUGUUACAGGUGGUUCAACUGGUAUUGGAUUUGCUACUGCACAACAAUUUCUUAUUGAAGGUGUAGAACAUGUAUUUAUUACUGGACGGCGUCAACAAGCACUCGAUGAUGCUAUCAAAAAAUUAAAUAGAAAAAAUGUGACAGCAAUUCAAAGUGAUACAUCAAAUAUGAAUGAUCUCGAUAAAUUAUAUAGCGUAAUUAAAAAGGAAAAAGGUCAUUUAGAUAUACUCUUCGCCAAUGCUGGUGCAGCUCAAUUUAUACCACUUGAUUCAGUUACUGAAAAAGAUUUUGAUGAUACAUUUAAUACUAAUGUUAAAGGAGUGUUAUUUACUGUUCAAAAAGCAUUACCAAUUUUCAAUGAUGGAGGAUCAAUAAUCUUGAAUGCUUCGAUUUCUUCUAUCAAAGCCAGUCCAGCGUGUAGUGUUUAUUCUGCUACAAAGGCAGCUGUUCGAUCUUUUGCCAGAUGUUGGACUGUUGAUCUAAAAGAACGCAAAAUUCGGGUUAAUACCAUAAGUCCGGGUCCAGUCGAUACACCAGGAUUUCGUGGUGCAGUUAAGAGUGGAGGAGAAAAAGAAGAAAAGGCACUUGUUACUCAACUAGUCUCUGCUGUACCUAUGAAUCGUCUUGGUAUGCCUGAAGAAAUCGCCAAAGCAGUAGUUUUUCUUGCUUCAGACGAUAGCAGUUAUGUUACUGGUAUUGAACUCUUUGUCGAUGGAGGUGCAGCACAAAUUUAA